AUGCUACAAAUUUAUUUGACUCUCCCGCUUAAACUCUUAUCACAACUCACAAGGCCAUGUGUAGAUUAUGAUGCAAGCUUAAUACAAACGGACUCAUCUUUACGAGUGAAACAGCUGUUUGAUAUCAUUGAUAUCGGAUCAAUACGAGGCAACCGCUUUCGUUCCACUUAUUUACAUAAAAAAAAUCAAACUCCUAAUCAAACAAAUAAAUCACGUCAAAUGAAAACGAAAGUUAUCAGCAUUGCAGUUCAGGAUUAUCAAUUUAAUUAUAAAUAA